AGAUUACGGGUUGUGUUCUUUUUUAUUAUCGAUUAAAAAUGUGUGUGGUUUUUGAGUGCUAAAAAUGGUGACGAGUGUAGCCCUGUUCAAUUGCCGCUAUUGUGGCGAGUUGUUCGAUUCGUUGGCCGCCACGGCGGUUCACGAAGUGCUCGAGCAUGUCAAGGACUUCCAGUGCCUGGAAUGCGGGCUUUCCGCCGCUGGCAUUGUAUGGAAACACAUGAUUUGCCAUAAGAAUUCCAAGCAAGAUGCCAUUCCGUUCACUGACGAGGAUCCCACCGGGGAAAUUGGGAAGUUUAAAAAUAAAUUAGAGGAAUUAAUUGGGGAAUCGUCGGAUGACCAGUGGCGCCUUGAUGAACCCGAUUGCGAAGAGGCUGACCAGCAGGACCAAAGCGGAAUCCAUGAGAUACUCGUCUCGGUGGAAGAUGAUUUUGAGUUCGAUGAAGACGAUGAGGUGGAGAAUACCCAUUUCAUUCAUGGUUACGAUUUUCAAGUCAAGAUUCAACGGUCGGAAACCAAAUGUGAUUUGGAGACAGGCGCUGAUGCCCGCUCCUCAUCCAGUCAUGAAGAAUUCAGCCCAGAGUUACGAAAAACUUACAAGAAUCUCCUUUACGACGCCGAGUACUCCAUCGAGCUUCUCCGCGAAAUUGAGCGUGAAGUCUCGUCUACACCUAGUCUCAUCGAAGGAGCCGUUAAAAUCGAGUCUUCGGCUCGACCGAAAAGCCCGGCAUUGACCGCGAUUGACGCUUCCGUCAACAAAUCUGUCGACUUUCUUGAGACUUGUUAUGAUGCCUUUGCCGGGAUGCACGAAGGCAGGAAAAAGAAGGAAAGCCCGGUCGAUUUGAUGUGCGAAUCGUGUUCUCUGUUUUUUAAAACCGCCGGCGCCUUGUUGGUUCACAAAAUGAUCGUUCACGGGGACUCGAGUGCGCGCAAUUUCACGUGCACCAAGUGCGACCAGAGUUUCAAAUUGCGUUCGAGCUUUUUGCAACACCUCCUGCGGUCAUGUCACGGCAAACCGUACAAGUGCCAGAAAGAGGCUUGUUUCAUGAUUUUCCGGACGAAAGAAGAAAGAAAGGCCCAUUACCUGGCAUCCCAUGAAUUGACGAGAUGCAGCGUUUGCGGGCAAGGGUUCUGCACGCCGCACAAUGUCAAGCAGCACUUCGACAUGGUUCAUGGCGGGCCGUGCGAGGAGAUACGAUGCAAGUACUGUGGGGAAAGCUUUUACAACACCGCCUUAUUCGUCAAACAUGAAGUGAAAUGUGGUCGAUUUACCAGAUCCUCCGAGUACGCCUUGAAUGCUCGUGUCGGAGUCCGCGACUUAUUCGACGUUGACACCGACUUGUCCCAUGGUCAGAGGAUCACUGUUCUCCCUGUUAAGCCCUAUGACGACAUGCUUGUAGCCGGGAACAUGAGCACGACAAUUGUUGGCGGGAACAAGCCAUUUCAGUGCUGUGAAUGCUUGGUGCGAUUUAAGGAUGAACAGAUUUUGUCCACGCAUACGUCCGAGUGUCACAUCCGAACGGACGGCGGGAUAAUGCAUAAGUGCGCCGAAUGUGGGAUCAUUUUCAAGUCCCGAAUUUCCAUCCGCCGCCACAUGUAUUCACAUCCGGAUUUGUUUGAGCUACAGUGUCGCUUUUGUCCGCGGAAGUUUGCGUCACGGGAUUCCUUGUCGAAGCAUGUGCAAACGGUGCAUUAUGGCGACAGGCACACAAAAAAAAGAUUUAGCGGACUGAAGGAAAAGAAAGAGCUGAUUCGUUGUUCAACGUGUUUGAUAAGGUAUGACACAGUAAAAGAUCUGAACGAUCAUAUUGCGCAAAAUCAUCAACGAGGAAAACGAGGCGGAAGUCAUUUCUGCUGCAUAUGUCGCGAGGAGUACAGCAGUCCCAGGUUAUUACGGAAGCACUUGAACUCGCAUCCGGAAGUGGCGAGGCAUAAGUGUUGGCGAUGCCCUGCAAGAUUCGUGUCUCGAGGAUCCGUUCGGUGGCAUUUUGAGGAGAUGCACGGGCAAGGGAGGAACCGGAAGUAUUUCGAAAGCGAAAUGAAUGAUGACUGA